ACACCUGAUUUCUCACAACCGUGCUACUGCGACCUCAGACAAUAUGGUCGAAGGAAUGGUCCUCAAGGAUCUGCUACCUCACCCGGAAACAGACCCCACAGCGCAUGAGGGAAAAGCCACAACGAUUGUAGAUGCACCUACCGAGAGUCAUGCGCUUGCUUUGGAAGCAGCGAAAGGCAUCAAUCCAGACCAUGGCACAGGCAGAGCCCAAGUUGCUCAUGGCCAGGAGGUGCUGGACCUAGGAUGGAACGAACCAAAGGAGCACGUAGAGAGCCCUUUGGUUGGAGGCCUCUCAAAUGAGGAUGUGUGGCUGCUUGUUCGACGAUUUAAUAAGCAAAUGUACCAUGUGAAGGAAAUCCCAACGGCCCCACCUGGUGGCUUGGACAUGAACAUUGCAGACGAAGAGGAGUUCUCUCCUGACAAGCUGCGGGCAAACCUUGAGCGUGUGUAUAUGACGAUAGGUAUCGGACUGAUUACAUUCGGGAAACACAUCGUCCGCCUCCGCUCAUGGCGCGAAUUCAACCGUACCUCCUACUUUGCCGCAGCGUACUUCCUGGCUUGGGUAAUUGACCUGAUUAUGCCACUGAUAUCGAUCACACUUGUCACUCUCAUCGUCUACCCUCCGUCCCGUGGGAUGCUAUUCCCGCCGGCACCAAUAGCACUGGUCAGCUCCAAAGGAGGAGUGCAGAAGCCCAAGGCUGGCACCCUGGGUAGCAAAGACAGCGCAACGGGAGCACCAGAGAACCACAAGGGUGAAGCAGUGGAACAGGAGGCCAACAACUUCGUCAACGGCAUUGCUCAUGUUGCGCUGGCUAGUGCGACGGGCAAGCACCCUCAGGGCGAAUCUGAGUCUGACGACCAGCCGCAAGGAGAUAGUAUCCCGGACCCAACCUCUAUUGCUAUCGGCGCGGCGGACGCACAGCAAGCAGCAUCUGGUGGCAAGGCUUCAGCCAAGCAUGACAAGACCAAGGUGCCCAUGGAGACUGCUAUGUGGACCAAGAUGCGUCCCAUCAUGCAUGGCCUAGCAGACGUCACCGACACAUGGGAGCGAUUCGGGAACGCUCUUGAGCCAACAGCUCCGUUCCCAAAACGAAAGUAUCCCUUGCGCAUGGCAAUUGUUGUCGCUCCACUUGUCCUCGUCUCACUGAUCGUCUCCUCCUACAUGUUCAUGAAGGGUUUAACAUUUGGCAUCGGGUUUGGAUUCUUCGGCGACCCAGUCAUUCAACGCGGUCUUGCGCUGCUGAAUCGCAAGUUUCCAAACUGGCAGAAGCUGCUCGAACUCCGUAAUACACUACUCAAGGGCGUACCCACUAAUGCUCAGCUCACUGUUACGCUCCUCCGGAUCGGCGAAGCUAAUAAAGCGCCUCUACCACCACCACCUCGCAUCGAUGAGCCUCCCCCAGAGAAGCCUGUCGACGUCAGUGAUAAGGACCUCCGCGCUGCUGGGGCAGACUGGCCACUUAACGCAACACAAGCCGAGCUCGACGAGGCCAUGGCCCACGACCCGACCGUCAAAUACCAAACCGAUGGCGCAGACAUUGACAAAGCCAAAGACAGCAAACAUGGCAAGAAGGGCAGCAAAAUUCUCAACUUCUUCCGCGGUACCGUCAAAGGCGGCGUCGAAACUACCAUCGGUGCCGACAAACUAAAAGCCGCCGCCGGCUCUCACCACGCACGCAACCGCCUCGGCGCCGUGCAGCCCAAGAACGCUUCCCCCGCCGACGGCCCCGUCGACUUCAAGGCCCGCGAUAACGGCAAAAAGGGACACUUGUACAUCACUACCCUCGCCACCAUCCCUAGCAUCGCCUUCUCGACCGACUCCACCAUCGAAACCAUCGGCUCCCGCGACCGUGAGGAUCUGCACCCCUCGUGGAGCAUGCCGGUCGGCGACAUCAAGGAGCUGAAAAAGAUAGGCGGGUAUGGGUGGAAGGCGAAGCUGGUGGUGGGAUGGGCGCUGAAUCGCGAGGUCGCGGACGGCGUGGAGAUUGUGGAUCGCAGGGGGAAGGUGGUGAGACUUACGGCUAUGCCGCUCAGGGAUGAAUUGUUCAAUCGACUAGUGGCGAUGGGUGGCCAAAAGUGGGAGUGUUGGUGAAUGGGAGGUGGGAGCGUGGCGCGUCGCCAGUAUAUACCACGGACCGGCGUUUGACGGCGUUCAAGGGGCAAGUGGUGUGUGUACUGAGAAAGUCCUCUCAGGCGUAUACAGUCUAACAAGAAAGACUCCUGAUGAGAAUAUCCAUCGUUGAUUCCGCAUACACGCAGCGAAUAUCAGCUGUAGUAGGACUCCACACCCUCUACAUACCUUUUAAGAUCAGCAAGUGUCAUUAAACAGCUACAACUGACGUAGUUUGCAUCCUACAAAGAGUUAAGUGGCUGGCCAGGACACGCAACUUAUUACGUGGUGUAUGCACGCUUAUUGAUUAUUAAUUAGUUAUUCUUGUAAUUUAAUUUUUAGUAUUAGCAGGUAUUGAUUUUAUGUAUAACUAGUAUAAGUAUAUAAAUAGUGUAUAGACACG